AUGGACCACGGCUCCUCGGGACACACCGAGGACCUGCUGCGACAGCUCGCCCGCGACGAUUCGGGCUCGGUCGCCACCCUCGUCCCGCUACUCAGCACCCUGAGUCCCGACCAGGUGCGCAAGCUCCGGCAAAAGCUCGACGACAUCCUGACCAUCCAGCAGAUGCUUGUUGUUGAAGACGCAUACCAACACUCGAGCGACCUCGAGAGCCCCGUCGAACGAUCGCCCUCAUCGUCGCCCAACUACGGCACCGCCAGUCGCUCGGUCUCGUAUUCGUCGUCAACCGCGGAUCUGUACGAGUCCGGCACCCAGCCAUCACCCGGAACCAGCAGCUCGGGUUUUUUCUCAAGCACAGCCCAGCGCCCAGAAUCGUCCUUUGAGCGGCUGUCGAUCUACCAAGCCCCUCCGCUGCAGCGCCGUUCGCUCUCGUAUGUCAGUAGCAGCGUCUCCAGCGCGUCGCAUUCGCACUUUUCACACUCUCCGCAUCAACACCAGUCCCACCGGAAUCCGGUCUUGACGCCGACAUUCGGCACCCAUCACCAUGAACGGACACAAACCUCGCUCGAGACUCCCACCUCCUGCGCCACCGCUACCACCACCACCACUACCACAAACACCACAAGCACCACCCCGACUGUCGUUGCUCGGAUGUCGUUCUCGCCCAUCACGCCGUCUUCGUCCAUAUCCUCGGCCACAACCGACGACGAUCGCAGCCCAACCCACACCAAGCCCGGGGAGUCUUCGCGACGGCUGUCCAGGCCCAGCGGUCGCCACAUGCCCAGCGUUACCCUGAGCGAGGGCCCCGACUAUAGCACUUGCACCUCCGUCGACAAGGAAAGCGUUGGUGAGGUCCCCAUGGCCCUGCCUGUGCUGUCGUCGCUGCAGCAUAUCAUCUAUGUGUCGCAGGUGGCCAAGAAGCCGGCGUCGUCCUCGGGUCUGAACAAGAUCCGUCCGUGGCCCAAGACCUUUGCCGUCCUGGUACCCGGGUGUCUGUUUUAUUUCAAGAGCUACAAAUCGUUCGAGACCGCUACGGACGCAUUCCCUCUCAAGUCGUGCGAGUACUCCUCGUUCUACAGUCUCACCGGCAAACCCAUCAUCCACAUCCGCCCGCGCGAGCCCGUCUUCUACCAAAGCGCCCAGUUUCAGUGUGAGGACGACAACGAGAAGCUCCGGUGGCUCUCCAUGCUCAAGCGCGCCGACAUUGGCCGGCUCUGGGAUGAUCGGCCUGCACCUGUGCCCGAAUCGAUGCAUCCCGCUUCCAGACUCGACCACAUCGGAAACAUCCACAGUGAGGUCAACUAUCAGCGCGCGCUGGAUCGCCAGCUGCCCGAGGAGCUCCAGACGUUUACUCAGAGUAACGAUCGGGGGGACUCGCGGUCGUAUGCAUACCACCGUGGUGCUGCCGUCCUCACCAACCAAGCCGAAACCUCGACUCUGUCGCAGGGAGUGCCUCCACAGCAGAUGCAGAUGCAGAUGCAACCCCAGGCCCCGGCCCAGGCCCCGGCCCAGGCCCAGCUCGGCACAGAGCACUCGAGCUAUGCUCUCCAGCCGCCGUCCCAGCAGCAGUUCCAGCAAGCCUCGCAGCAGCCGUCGCAACCGCACCUCCUCCCGCAACGCCAGCAGCAUGCCCCGCUGCUGGCCCGAGUCGACGAAUACGGUGCCGUGCCUUCUCGCAACUCGUCUCGGCCGCAGCGACCGGAUACCGGCCGAGCCCAGGGUUUCCGCAUCGCCCCGGUGAUUCCGCCGCGGACCCAGGCCUCUCGCAACUACACUCCGCCUCCGGGCGAAGACCCGGCCAUGGUCGAGCCCGAUACUCCGCACUCUGGGCAGUCCGACCAGGACAUUCGCCGCGAGCUUUCCGAGAUUCGGCGGACCCAGACUAUCUCCGAGGUCGACACCAACUCGAUCCUCCCCGAGAACGAGCUCGUCUUCACCGUCAUCGACAACCCUGAUGACUUGAGCUUCCGCAGUCACUCAAUUGCCCCCGAGAGAAGCGAGGAGGGCUUGCCUGAGACCCUGGAUCGGACACAGGCCUCGAGCGUGCCCUCCUAUCACUCCAAACCAGAAUCAGGCUCGGCCUCGAUUUCGCUGCUCGCCGAGAACCCGUCACUGCCGUCAUCCGUGUCCAAGUCGGCGACGCAGCUGGGCGAGUACCUCGCCCACCACGGCAUCUACCCGUAUGUGCCUCCUUCGUACGAACCCACCGACGAGCUUCCGCGCUACGAUCAAGUCUCUGGGAAGGAGAUCAACCGCUCUCUCUCGGCCACGCAGCUCCAAUCGCUCUUUGGCGAAAAGUCCAGCACGGACUAUCUCAAGUCGUCCGGCAACGCCCCGCUGCCGCCCCGGUGGGCCUCGACCACGGCCUACCGACAAAUGUCCGCCAUGUCGGGCUCCAGCACCAACACCACCCACACAUCCGUGUCUACUUCGUCGUCCCUCUCGACGCAGCCGUCAGUCUCUGUCCGCCAAAACUCCACCUCGCGGGCUGCCGUCGAUCCGACCCUGACCCUGACCCUGACUCCAACCUCGACCGUCUCGACACCGAGCUCGGAAGUGCCGGCCCUUGAAUCGGCCGUGCUCCUCAAGCCUCUCGUCGACGAAGAUGAAUCCGCUAUCUCGCAGCUACCUCGGCGGGCAGGCACGAUCGACGGCAGUGUCGGUCGGUUUGCGAGCAAGGGCAUCGACGGCGCCGACAUUGUGCGCGCCACGGCUAUCAAGCCCGACCCUCUGCAGCGGGCGAUAGCCCUGCUCGAGGAGCUGGAACGCAAGUACCCCAAGAGCCCGACCGACUCGCCGUGUGACAGCGCAAAGUCGGCGUAG